UAUACUGUUAGCUGAAGUAUUGCUUACUAAACUAUGCAGUGCCGUAGCCAUAAGGGGAAUGGGCCAUAUCCCCCAAACAUAGGUCGUAUUGUUUAAUAGUGGUGGUCUUUAUACUUUUUAUUUUGCAUCCCCUCCACCCUCGCACCUCGUUUUUGGAGGAAAAUGGACCCGCCCGCUGAAACAUGGUACAAAUUGGAUUCGAAAAAAAUGUUCCUACAUUAAACAAUUUGAAAGUUGGCAACUCUAUCUGUGACGUGACGUCGACGUUCCGUAUAGUGUGAAUCGACCUUUACUCAUUCGGCCAUUUCACAUUUGUCAUUUGAACAUUUCUCACUCGCUGCUCAGUUUACGCACAUGUUUACUAAUAUAUGGCGCACACGUUCACUGUUCAGCCGUUCAGCGUCAUCCAUUCUUUUUUGUGUUCAGCGUUCAGUUUCAGUAGUAUACUGUUGUUUUAUUUUAUAUUAUUUUAUACUUUACGUUUUGGGUUCAGUGUUCAAUACGCUGUUGAUAAAAAAUGACCGAAAAAUAUAAAAACCAGACAAAAUGCGUCAUUAAAGGCUGUACUUCCAAAAAUUAUGGUUUGUUAUCGUUUUCCUAAUGAAAACAAAGAUUAUGCACGACGAUUGGUAAUGGAUUAAAGCUGUGGGCUUCACACCGGAUGAGUUCAAAAACAAAUAUAUUUGUUCUGUUCAUUUUGCUGAUAAUUGUUCAAGUCCUGGUACACAUCAAUCAAAUGCAAACGAAUAUCCAACAUUAAAUUUACCUGUGGGCGUACCAAAGCAUUACAAUCUGGUCCUCAUAAUCGUUUACGAUUAGCUGCAGCUAAUAAAGCUGCAAAAUUUAAACGAUUAAAAACUUACUAUAGACAGUCUAGUUAUGGUACAUUAAACAAAAGAAAAAUGUUGACAAAAAAUACAAGAGUGGCCAUAAAUAAUGUGAUGGAUGCCCGUGUUAUACUUUUGCAAAAAGCUUUAGAAAAAUCUACUGUAAUGGUAGAUGCUAGACAAAAACUGUCAAAACAGAAAGAUGCUCGUGAAAAAAUCCAAGAACGCCGAUUACUAUCAUCCUCUUAUGAUGAUACUCAUAGUAUGGGAACUUCAAGAGGACUUUCCAAUAACAUAGGUCAUGUAAAAUUUGACCAUCGUGGCAUUCUUACCGUUAAGUCUAUUUUGGUCGAAAGAGCCUCUUCACAUCAUUCAAGUGUUCAUGACCGACGACCUACUGUAAAUCAAGGACGUUUUGAUGGUAUAGAGAAAAGAUGUAGCAGUAAUACAUUCAAUUCUGAGUUGAACACAUUUAGGAGUGAUACGCCAAUUGAAGAAAUAAGACCAAUGAGACGUGAUAUGAGACUUUCAAGACGUCCAAUAUCAAAUGCUCAGUCUAUGAGACAACCUUUUGAGCGUUCUACUAGACCUUCAAGAAUAAAUGAAAAACCAUAUAAUAGGCCUAUGGCAAUGGAUUAUGAAGAUUCAAUGGAUUGGGAAGAAACCAGUAGAUACUCUCCGACCCCAAUAAUGAGACGGAAUGUAGGAAGAAAUGCAAUGUUCAAUCGUGAUGGAUAUAAAAAUGAUUUAUUAGACAGAAAUUCAAGGAAUCAUAAUGGAUUAAAUGAAACAUUACGUUCAAGAUUAGAUUCUCGUCAAAUAGCUAUGGCUAUGCGUUCACGUCCCUCUGGUCAUAAAAUUGUUAUUUCUAAUUUAGAACCGUCCGUUACAUCUGAAGAUAUAAGAGAACUUUUUAAUGAUAUUGGUAAUUUAUUAGAGUCUAGAGUAGUUCGACCAGGUAUUGCAGAAGUGAUAUAUGAACGUCGUGUAGAUGCUAUUCAAGCAGUUCAUGUAUAUCACAACAAGCAGCUUGAUGGCAGGCUUAUAAAGUGUGAUAUGGUAAGAAAUAUUGGAUCUAAUCCUGCUGGAACAAUAUAUCUGCCUGGAACAAGUCGCAGAAUGCCUUCACGUGCUAUUGAUAUGUAUAAACCGAAUAAAUAAACAGUGUACGUCACUUACGAUAUAGACGUUGUACAUACUGCAUCUUUUAAUAAGAAGUUUUAUAUCCUAAUUAAAAUGUAUAACAAUUUUCUAGA